AGCUCUCCGAGUAGUUGUGAUGUCGAACGAAGAAAUUGAUUCAUGGACGUGCCCAGGGUGCACCCUGAAGAACGAGCUCACUGUCGAAGCGUGCGCCGCUUGUGGAGCUACCAGUCCUCUGGUUCUUCAGAGCUACGCCAUUGAAGAACAAGGUUGGCCAGCAGGAGAAGAUGCUGCUGUAGACGGAGCUCAACGUGCCAGUCUCGUAUCUCACGGCUCGGAUAAUGCCACACCGCGCAAUGGUGGAAACGAAGUAGACCCGUGGACACAAGCUGAAUGCGAGUGGGCCCAAAUUGAGUCACGACAAGACGCGCCGUCGAAAAAAUAAUAAUCCAAAAGCAUUAAGCCACGAGUAUGUUUUCAAUUUUAUAGAUUUUGAUGACUUAAAUGUUAAUAAUUGGUGGAAACGC